AUGGCUGCCCAGGAUGAACUCAAUCAACUGGAGCGGGUGUUUCUUCGCCUGGGCCAUGCAGACACAGAUGAACAGCUUCAGGAUAUUAUCUCCAAAUUUCUUCCCCCUGUUCUCCUCAAACUCUCCAGUGUGCAAGAGGGUGUGCGGAAGAAAGUGAUGGAGCUGCUAGUCCAUCUCAACAAAAGGAUAAAAAGCAGACCGAAGAUUCAGCUACCAGUAGAAACCUUACUGGUUCAGUACCAAGACCCUGCAGCAGCUUCGUUUGUUACGAAUUUCACCAUCAUCUACAUUAAAAUGGGCUACCCACGCCUUGAGGUAGGAAAGCAAUGUGAGUUGGCGCCUACCCUCCUCACUGCAAUGGAAGGCAAGCCACAGCCUCAGCAGGACAGCCUAAUGCACCUGCUGAUUCCUACUCUUUACCAUAUGAAAUAUCCAGCAGACGCCUCCAAGAACACCUCUCCUUUUAACUUAAGUGAGCGGCCAAAGACAGUACAUCUCUUGCUGGAGUUCAUGUUGGAUGUCUUACUGAUGCCUUAUGGGUUUGUGCUGAAUGAAUCUCCUACUCGCCCAUCACCGACAUCCUCCCAAGGAGCUUCUGCUGAUGGAGCUACAGCAGCACCAUCUGGGCAGAGUCUACCGCAGGCUCCCCCGGGGAUGAAUGUCUACGCUGCCAAGAGGGUUAUUGGAGAGGCACAAUGGACCUCUGAGCAGCUAGAGCAGUGUAAGCUGGGUAUUGUGAAGUUCAUUGAGGCAAAACAAGUGCCGGAAUCAGAAACGGUGGUGCACUUGGUGGUUGCGUCCAGCGACACCAGACACAGCGUAGCCACGGCAGCUGAUCUGGAGUUGAAGAGCAAACAGAGCAUUAUCGAUUGGAAUAACUCCUUAAUUAUCAACAAGAUGUACAAGGUUUACCUGGGGGAUGUACCUCUCAAAACUAAGGGCGGAACUAUGAAGCAAGAGCUGAAACAUGAACCAGUGAGCACGAGAGUCAAGUUAAAGAUCCUGCCCCAUCUUUUACGCUCACGUCUUGCGGCAGAGUGCUUCCCAGCUAAUAUCCAAGUUGUUUAUGAUGGUUUGUUUGGAGCCAACACAAAUAACAAACUACUAUCGCUCACCUUGCAGUUCGUCCAUCACAUCUGCAUGGUGUGUCCUGACUCUAAUAAGCCCUUAGGACUCAUGCUGCUGAAUGGCCUUACUAAGCUUAUCAAUGAAUACAAAGAGGAUCCUAAAUUACUAUGCGUUGCUUAUUCUGCUGUUGGGAAGCUCUCAAGCCGUAUGCCCCAGCUCUUCACAAAAGAUAUUGCAUUGGUACAGCAAUUCUUUGAAUCCAUGUGUAAGGAGGAGCCUGAUGUUCGCCUUGCCAUCCAAGAAGCUUUGUCAAUGAUGGUUGGAGCGUAUGCUAACCUACAGGGGGCACUACUGAACCUGAUGGAGGCAUUGGUGGCUGCAUACAUUGUGAAGCCGGAGGUCCAAGUUCGCCAGGUUGCUGUGAAGUUUGCCACUAAAGUGUUUGGGCCAGAUCACGUGCCGUCAAGAUACCUGCUAUUACUUGCUGCCGGAGACCCGCGCGAGGAGGUGUCUGGGGAAGCUCAGAAGGUGUUGAGGACAUUUUCAACUAAAUGCCCUGAAAAGGAGGGACCCAGGCCGAUGCCCUCCUUUCCAGACAUGGUUGCCUACAUUCAAGAGAAGGCAUCUCAGAGGAUCAAAACUCCUGCUAAAUACAUUGUUGGAACCACAGCUAUUCCUUUUAAUCCAUCUGCUUUUGGAGAGAUCGUGCUGUACUUGAGGAUGUGUCUGGCAUACAGCGCGGGUGCCACACCACAGUCCAUGCGACUUGCAGACAUGCAGGAUGACGCGCCAGCCAUCGGCCGUUAUGUCCGCACGCUGCUGUCCUCUGAGCCUCCGUCUUCGGGGUCGAAGGGGACUGAAACGAAUCCUGUUCAUAUCUACUUGGAAUUGCUGCAGCAGUUGCUGUCUGCAGUUGGAGGUAUUCCGGUAAUGUAUUGUCUCCUGGAGGUCGUGUCGGUGUGCCCAGAGAAACUGGCACCAAAGUUUGUUGAUAAAAUUGACUGGAUUAAGAGUCUGAUGAACACAAAUAAGGAGGAUUUGAGAGAGCUUGCAGCCCAACUGUAUGCUGUGGUGGUCUCCACCAUGACCGGAAAUGAUCUGCAGGCCGCCGUGCACAAUUUAGUCAAAAUCACCAAAGACAACCGCAGUCCCGAGACCCAACAUGGUGCCAUCUUGGCGCUUGGCUACAUGGUGGGAAGGUACAUGAGCAAGAAGAAAGCUGCUGCAUGCAGUGAGCUGGCCCACAAGCAAAGCAUCACCACUCAGGAAGAGGAUGAAAUUGUUGCCAUGGCGAUAAAGACAAUUGGUUCCUUCCUGGACAACAGUAGUGCACUAUUGCCACUAGCAGCAUGUACAGCUCUCGGCGAAAUUGGUCGCAACGGAGCCUUACUGAUUCCAGCAGAGGGUGAAGGACUCACUAAACUGUCCAUUGUAGAAAAUCUGCUUGCUCGCAUUCCCUCUGGCAAGGAGAGUGCAAAGAUAAAGGAGCGGUCAAUCCAGACUUUGGGCUACCUGCCAGUAGGUGAUGGAGACUUUCCUCAUCAGAAGAAGUUGCUCCAGGGACUUAUGGACUCAGUAGAAGCCAAACAAGUGGAGUUGCAGUUCACAGUGGGAGAAGCAAUUACCAAUGCCGCUUUAGGCACAACCUCUGGAGCUGUCAGAGAUCCUUGGAUUUGUACUGAAGACCAGUACAGCCCACCAUCAAGUGUCAAAAACAAUGACGUGGUUCCUUGGGUCCUCAACUCUGUGUUGUCCAAGUACAUUCCCAGCCAGAACCCUCAUGUCCGGCAGGCGGCCUGCAUCUGGCUUCUCUCCUUGGUUAAGAAACUCGGCCAACACAAGGAAAUCAAGUCACACUUAAAGGAGAUCCAGGUGGCAUUCAUCUCUGUUCUUUCAGACCCAGAUGAGUUGAGUCAAGAUGUGUCAUCUAAAGGCCUCGGCCUGGUCUAUGAGAUGGGUGGAGAGGCAGACCAGCAGGAACUGGUGUCCACCCUGGUAGAAACACUCAUGACUGGCAAAAGAAUAAAGCAUGCUGUUUCCGAAGACACCCAGGUGUUCCAAGGAGAGGGGAUUGGCAAAACACCAGAUGGUCAUAGCUUGUCCACGUAUAAAGAGCUGUGCUCCCUGGCAAGUGAUUUGAAUCAGCCGGAUCUUGUGUACAAAUUCAUGAACCUGGCAAAUCAUCACGCCAUGUGGAAUUCCCGAAAGGGCGCUGCAUUUGGCUUUCACAUGAUCGCCACCAAGGCCGGGGAGCAGCUAGCUCCGUUUCUCCCACAACUUGUGCCACGACUGUACCGUUACCAGUUUGACCCCAACCUUGGCAUUCGCCAGGCUAUGACCAGCAUCUGGGAUGCCUUGGUUACUGAUAAGACCCUGGUGGACAAGUACCUGAAGGAGAUCCUGCACGAUGUCAUUUCUAAUCUCACCAGCAACACCUGGCGAGUACGGGAGUCCAGCUGUUUGGCCCUCAAUGAUUUGGUUCGAGGCCGCCAAGCUGAUGACAUCAUCGAUCACUUGGCUGAAAUGUGGGAGUCUCUGUUCAGAGUCCUUGAUGAUAUCAAGGAAUCCGUGAGGAAGGCUGCAGACCUAACGCUAAAAACCCUCAGUAAGGUAUGUACUCGUAUGUGUGAGUCUACUGGAUCUACUGCACAGAGAACUGUGGCGGCACUUUUGCCCACCUUACUGGAGAAGGGUAUUGUCAGCAGUGUUUCUGAGGUUCGCUCGCUCAGCAUCCAGACCCUAGUCAAGAUUAGUAAAACGGCUGGUGCCCGACUUAAACCUCACGCUUCCAGACUCAUCCCAGCACUCCUUGAGGCCCUGAGCACCUUGGAGCCUCAGGUUUUAAACUACCUCAGCCUUAGGGCCACAGAGCAGGAGAAGGUAACUUCAUCCUUCUUAUUUAGACAGAGCGCCAUGGACGCUGCCAGGCUCAGUGCUGCCAAGUCCUCUCCAAUGAUGGAAACCAUUAAUAUGUGUUUGCAGCACCUCGAUGUUACAGUGUUGGGGGAGCUGGUUCCCAAGUUGUGUGAGCUGCUAAAGAGUGGAGUUGGGCUUGGAACCAAGGGUGGUUGUGCCAGUGUCAUUGUGUCCCUCACCGUCCAGUGUCCCCAGGAUCUCACCCCAUACUCAGGUAAACUGAUGAGCGCUCUGCUCAGUGGCAUCCAUGACAGAAGCACUGUGGUUCAGAAAGCCUUUGCCUUUGCUCUUGGCCACCUCGUCAGGACAGCUAAAGACAGCAGCGUGGAGAAGCUACUUCUCAAGCUCAACACUUGGUACCUGGAGAAAGAAGAGCCUGUGUACAAGUCCUCUUGUGCCCUGACUGUGCACGCCAUCAGCCACUAUAGCCCCGAUGUAUUGAAGGCGCAUGCAGGCGUGGCUCUGCCACUGGCUUUCCUGGGCAUGCACCAGGCACCGGGCACCGAAGAAGACAAAGGAGAGAGUCAGGACGCCACCUUGUGGGGUGAAGUGUGGCAGGAGAAUGUCCCUGGAAGUUUCGGAGGCAUCCGACUAUACAUGACUGAGCUCAUCGCCAUUACGCAGAAGGCCCUGCAAUCCCAGUCUUGGAAGAUGAAGGCUCAAGGCGCAGCUGCCAUGGCAACCGUUGCCAAGGAACAGACGGGCUCGUUGGUGGCGCCGCACCUUGGUUUGGUCCUAACUGCUUUAAUGCAGGGCUUGGUGGGACGCACGUGGGCGGGCAAGGAGGAGCUGCUGAAGGCCAUUGGAUCAGUUGUCUCCAAAUGCAGCACAGAGCUAGAGAAGCCCUGUAGCGGCCAGCCCACUAUCUCUGAGGUCCUAGAGGUGGUCCUCAAGGAAUGUCGCAAGGAGAGUCUGGUGUACAAAAUGGCUGCUCUGCGCUGCGCUGGCGACGUGCUUCACAGCAGUCAAGAGGACCGCUUCAGCGACAUGACUGACAUCCUAUUCCCUCUGAUAAAGAAGAGCUGUCCGGAGAGCGGCGCAGUGUCACCAAGGUGUCGAGAGGAAGAGGAUGACCUCACCACCAAGGAGAAAGACCUGCAGACUGAAGCUGUUCUCUGUGCUUUUGAAACCCUGGGAAAGACUUGGCCCAAGAACCCCCAGACUCAAUCUCGUUUCCAGGUGGAGGUCUGUAUCCUCAUGUGUGAGAAGCUGCAAUUGAGCACAUGGAAAGUGCAGCUUGCUGUUCUCCACUGCAUGAAGGCCUAUUUACAGGGAUUGUUGUUGUUCAAGAAGAACAGCAGCGAAUUGAGUACGCUUUCUCGCAUCCUCACAGACACGUGUGCUGCUCUCACCCAUCCUUUAGAAAACAAAAGCUAUUCUUCUGUCAGGACGGAGGCUUUGUCUGUAGUGGAGCUGAUUGUUAAGAGAACUGGAGGUAAAACAAACAAGUGUCAUUUUGCUGCACUUACAUCGCAAUGUCUUUCAGAGAGUGAACAGUGGGAUUGUGUAUCAGUGAAGAGUCGGGAGCAGCUUCAGCGUUCCCUGUCUACCCUUCAGUCAGACAGCAGACCAGAUCUUAGGGACAAAGCGCAAGAGCUGCGCAGGCACAUCCAGAGCCAGCCCUGA